CGAGCCGGAACCACGCCGAAACGAACCCGAACCACACUGGAACCCAACCAAGCCGCUCCGCUUUGUAGCGCAUGCGCGGCUGACGCUAAAAGCUGCUAGUGACGCAGGCGUUUCGUCACUGCGGUGCUAACUGAGGCUAACUGGGUUGUGAUGGUCUAGGUCCGGGUCGGUUCCGUUCUGGAGCAACGGACAGCGGGUUCUGUCUGUCCCGAACCGAACCGGUCGGCCCCCUUAGCUGCUGGUUCCGGUAGAGUCCAGUGGUUGAUGGUGCAUUCAUGUUCUGUAACAGGUUCUGCUGCUGACGGCUCGGUCCAGUUGGAUCCCAUCCUGAAGAAAGCAGCUGUUGGUCAUAAUGUUCUGCCUGCUCUGGGACGUGGAGAGGGUUACGUUAGAACCCGAACCCAACUCCGGAUUUAUGUGGUUCCGAGCUUUCAGUCCAGUCAGUUUGUCCAGAACUUUUCCAGGUUCUGCUUGGAUUCUCCCACUUUCUUUAGAUUUCAGGAUAAAUCCCUGAUUUUCAAUCCGGUUCUGGGAAUCACUUCAUAGAACCAGAACCGGAAAAAGGUUGGGACUGGACCCGGAGCCGGUCCCGGACCGGACCGUUGGUAGGGCGGCUGAGUCCCGGAUCUUAAAACAGCAACGAGGGAAACCCUGAGAUGAAACUAUGACAACAGCAACGAACAGCAAUCUGAUCAUAACAAUCAGGAGGGAGUUGACCCAUUGCAGGCACGGCAGUGAAUGUUGCCAUGGUGUUGCCAUGGUGAUGCCAUGGUGAUGCCAGCUGCCCUCCCGGGCCGCCUCACAGGAAGCGGUGGAAUCAUCAGAUAGCGUUUCACUCAAAGCUGACCCAGCAGUACCGCCGGAGGAGUUUUGGACCCCAGAACCUGAGGCUGAACAGAACCGAGUCGGCGCCGUCCAGAUGGGCCGCGUCGCUGCAGAAGUCCUGCAGCAGGACGCUGCAGACCACUGUGGGGCGGUGCCGACCCGUGGUCCAGUUCAAGCUGUCCGACAUCGGAGAGGGCAUCAUGGAGGUUACGGUCAAGGAGUGGUACGUGAAGGAGGGGGACAGGGUGUCUCAGUUUGAUAGCAUCUGCGAGGUCCAGAGCGACAAAGCGUCCGUCACCAUCACCAGCCGCUACGACGGCGUCAUCAGGAGGCUGUACUAUGAAGCUGACGCCACCGCCCUGGUGGGCAAGCCGCUGGUGGACAUCGAGACGGAGUCUGCAUCAGAGCUGAGCCAGGAGGAUGUGGUGGAGACGCCCGCCAUGGCCCGUGAAGAGCACACCCACCAGGAGAUCAAAGGUCACAAGACCCAGGCCACGCCCGCCGUCCGCCGCCUCGCCAUGGAGAACAACAUCAAGCUCAGUGAAGUGGUGGGGACGGGGAAAGAUGGACGCAUCCUGAAGGAGGACAUCCUGAACUUCCUGGCCAAGCAGACCGGCGCCAUCUUGCCUCCAGCUCCGCUCUUCCAGGAGGUCCAGACGCCAGGCCCCGCCCCCAUCCCCGCACCCCCCCUCAGCGCCCCAGCUGGGGUCAGACCUCCACCUGUGACCCCAAGACCCGUCUUCACCGGGAAGGACGUGACGGAGCCGCUCAAAGGUUUCCACAAAGCCAUGGUGAAGACGAUGACAGCGGCGCUGAAGAUCCCUCACUUUGGUUACUGUGACGAGGUCGACCUGAGCCGACUGGUUCUGCUGCGGUCCGAACUGAAGCCGGUCGCCGAGAGACGCGGCGUCAAACUCAGCUACCUGCCCUUCUUCAUCAAGGCCGCCUCCCUCAGCCUGCUUCACUUCCCCAUCUUGAACUCCACGCUGGACGAAGGCUGCCAGAACAUCACCUUCAAGGCGUCCCAUAACAUCGGCGUUGCCAUGGACACCAGCCAAGGCCUGCUGGUCCCCAGCGUGAAGAGUGUCCAGCUGCUCAGCGUCUUCCAGGUGGCCCAGGAGUUGACCCGGCUGCAGGCGCUGGGCGCCGCCGGCCAGCUGGGGACGACCGAGCUGAGCGGGGGAACCUUCACUCUGUCCAACAUCGGAUCGAUCGGAGGGACGUACGCCAAGCCGGUCAUUCUUCCUCCAGAGGUCGCCAUUGGCGCGCUGGGGAAAAUCCAGGUUCUGCCACGGUUCGGCCCAGACGGUCAGGUGAAGGCGGCCCACAUCAUGAAGGUGAGCUGGUCAGCGGAUCACCGCCUCAUCGACGGCGCCACCAUGUGUCGCUUCUCCAACCUGUGGCGGGAGUACCUGGAGAACCCGGCCAGCAUGCUUCUGGACCUGAAAUAGACACUUUUACCCAUCAGCCCCGGGGAGGCGGGCCCCUCGAGCCCACGGCCCCCCCAUCCCACUCCUUCACUUCCUGUUUGUGUCUGAGGCCUUCCUGUCGCUCCGUAGCUUCCUUGUUGCCUUUGAGCAGGACCCCGGGGGGCGGUUACCAUGACGACCAAGCAGACACCGGGAGAUCCAGAACCAUCCGGCCGGCGAACCGGACCGGUUCCCCACAGCCACAGGUCCAAUUCACAUGACCUGACCAGCUGACCUUUCAGGCUCCACUCCCUCCUUCUGUUGCACUGGAAAAACUGGGGGCUGCGUAACCGUGGUUACGGUUGGCGUCCCAAGUCAGUCCUUCAUGUCCUGCGUGUCUUUGGUGCUUCCCCGGGUCAAAGGUCAGCUGCAAAGUCUGGCCCAGUGGCUCUGGGAUGUGGAGGGCCGCAGUAGGACCCGGUUUGCCUCAAUGGGUCGGGAGCCGGGCCGGUUCAGAACCAGAGCCUGUCCUAAUGAUGGGGGGGUCGUUGUCGCUGCCCUGCUGGCAGCUCCAGGGUCCUGCUCCGGUCACAGUCAUUAAAGCUUUUCUAUGUUUAGUGGGAAGAUCUCAAUAAAGCUGCUGAAAACA